AUGUCACUUAUUCCACUUGAAAAUAGCAUUACUGGUGCAAUGCCAGUAAUUUUUUUUGAAGCGCAAAUUCACGGACAAUCGCAAAAAAUUUUGAUGGAAAUUGGAUUAUCACUGGACACUGAUCAGUGUAGCGUCGCUCUUCUCAGUGAUUGCACUUCAAAUGCACUUAUAUAUUAUGAGCAGUAUGGCAAGAAUUUGCAAACAAAAAAAACAUGA